AUGCAUAUCAUGAUGGGUCGUCCAAAGGAAGCUCGCGUCAACGCCGAUGUGUCGCUCGAGAUUGCGAAGUCCAAGCGGGAUAUGCUCAGCGAGAUGUAUGCCCGUGGGCUUCUGGUGCAGAUCUGCCUGCAAGAGAAGGACGUCAAGAGUGCCAAAGAGAACCUUAAAGACGUGCAGGACUUUGGUGGUGUCUCUUCGGCGGCCACUGCAGAAGACUUGGCCCUGAGCUCAGGGUUGCAUGCGGUGGUGACCCUUGAGUCAAGCGACGCUGAUGCCCAAGCACUCAAGCGCCAAGUCUCGAAGGCCUACAUUGCACCAGAUCCACUCACCAUCAAGACCCACAUCAUCGCGAUGGUGAAGAACAUGGUCGGUGGGGGUGACGAGGUUGACGGUGACACGCCACUCAUGGAGUCCGGUGUGGACAGCCUGGCAAGCGUGGAGCUCCGAACACAGCUGCAAGGGGUUGGCAACGACACGCUUGUUUCGGAAUGGAGCUUCUUCGCUCUUUGA